GUAUGCAUGCGAGCAAGACAGCUCGGUCUUACCCCGAGUUUUAGUGUAGCGUCUCGUUCGAAUUCGAAGGCAUCAUAGUCGGCUAGCUCCUAGAAGAGAAUUAUUUUAUUUCCUCGAGCGAAUAUCUCGAUUCGUCGUUGCGUGGCUGCUUUCUCUGCUGCGUGCCGCCCUUCUUUUUUCUGCGUAAUAAACCCACUAUCGUGUGUGUGUGCGUAUGUGCCAUGCUCGACGGCAUGUAUAACCACUGCGAGCUGCUCUCUGUUAUCGUCCCGAAGCAUAUCAACUAGUAGCAUCGCAGUAUCGCAUGCAGUUUCACGUCGUCGUCGAGCAUCUGUCAAAUUUCAGUAGAAGAUUUCUCAAAGUACGCGACAGAUCUGACGCGCAGUGCAGUAUAUAAACAACGCACCGAACAGGUGUCGUCUUCGUUGUUUACAUCUGUCAAACUAGAGGAAAACCUUAGAGGACACCUGUUCGUCUCGAGAUCGCGGAUCGACGAAUCAUUUUUUCCAUGUGUCAAAUUCAAAUUCAUCGCGUUCUCUGCUUUUCAUCCAAAUGAAUCUUUCGAGUCACCGAUCGUUAGAGUUUUGAUAUAAUAUAAUUAUUAACGCCAAGCGUAGAAAAAAAAGUACGUGGGGCAAAGCAGCUGUACAUGUAUGAACCGAAAGUGCCAAAAAAUAAGUAUUCAUAACAAGUACGAUGAGUCUUCUUUCGUCAGCUAUCGGCAGCAGUAAUGCGGUGCGCUGUCUCGCCGACGAGGAGGUCGACCAUAGCAUGCUGCAAGAUUUACAAUUAGCAGCGGAGCUCGGAAAAACUCUGUUGGAGCGUAAUAAAGAGCUUGAAAAUUCCAUAAAGAAUUAUCAAAGCAAAGAAGAAGAUCAAGCCAUAGAAAUACAGCACUUGAACAAGCUAAUCAAACAGCAUAAAGAUAUCGCCGAUCAAAGAAUAAAAAAUCUUGAAGGGUUAGAGGUAAACAUACAAGAUCUCGAACGAAAUAAUCUGCGACUGGCUCAGGAAAGCUCCAACGAUAAAAAACAAUUAAAAAAUCAAACACACACUAUAGAGACUCUUGAGAGUAAACUUGAUGAACUACAAAAACAAUAUGACGAUCUUUUGAAGCGAUACGAGUCACUGCAGGACCAAUGCGCGAGAGGCAACCAACUUAACGAAUCGUCAACAUCGACAUCUUUGACCAAUGAGCCAUCUGCGAACAGUUGGCUUAGUUCAAGUGGCGAUGAAAACUCUCAAAAUAUGGAUGUAUCUCUGAGGCUUACAACUGGCCCGGAAAUCAGAUCCUUAGCGGACGUAAAGAGUUCAUCAACGCCAAUAAAGCCCGAAAACAAUGAGGUGGAAAAGCUUACGAAGCAACUGCAGGAUGCGCGCCGUCAGAUGAGCCUCGAACACAGGAGUAACGUGGAUCUCAGGGAGCAACUUGAAAAGCUGAUAGAAGUUCAUGUUCAGGUGGAGGACCAAUUAAACGAGUUGAAAGCCAAGUCUAUGGAAGUGAAGGACCUCCAGGAUGAAAUUAUCGCACUCAGAGAAGCCAGACACGGUGACCUCUGCGAUCGCUGCGGGAAUGAUCUGAACGGGUCGCGAACUCAGGCGGACAUGAAUCUCAUGAUGGAAGAAGAUGAUGAUGACAGUUUAGUUGAGUCGUUUGCUGAUAGUCUGCGCGAAGUCGAGAGAUCCCACCAACGGGACUUUGAGUCAAGGCCGACGGAGCCAGAGAACGAGGCGAAACUCGAAACCCCGUGCAAUUCGUACGGCGAACUGGUAGAGAAGUACGAAGCGCUGAAGAAGCUUCAGCUGAGCGAGGACUGCAGACGUCAGCGGGUCAUUCAGUACGGACUGUCGCUGCAGGAGGAGCUGCAGAUGUCGUGCUCGAACGAGUCGAAGCUCGAGCAGCAAACGAGCCCGCAGCCAAAUCACCAUCAUCAUCAUCAUCAUCAUCAUCGUAGUAAAGGGACGAGCAGCAGCAACGAUCCGCUGGAGGCCGACACGGCCUCGUCCGGCUUCAACGAGGAGACGAGCAGCAACAAGGGCACGCAGACCGAGGGCAGGCCCGGCUCGGUGCUCUGCUCGAUCGCCGACAGCGACGACUGCAAGUUCAGCAUCUACGACGACACGUCGGCGUUCGAGGGCCGGUUUCAGCGCACGCCCGAGUAUCGCCGGCUCUUCAGCGAGAUCUUCGAGGUGCUGAAGCGGGCCGCCGCCGCCAAGCAGGAGGGCUCGGAGCUGCCGCUGUCCGACGAGACACCGCCGCACCAUCAGCGGGGCCUGGGCUAUCUCGAGCUGCGCCAGGAGCUGCAGAAGUCCGACCAGAACUAUCAGGACGACGCCAGCAGUAUCGUGUCGCUGGCCGUGUCCUCGGUCGCCUCCGAGCCCGUGUUUCGCGUGCACACGCCGCUCUUCGGCCAUCGGCAACAGUCGCAGCAGCAGCAGCAACAACAGCAGCAGCAGCAGUCGCAAAAAUCCCAGGGUCAGCCCUCGCACGGCCAACCGUUGGAGUACCUGUCGGUGCAGGUGCGCAAACGGACCAACAGCAACCGAAAGUCGCGCAAGCAGUCCCAAUCGUCGGCGACUCCGGACGUUGUGCCGGCGACUAAUCCUAGGGUUACGCAGCUGCGCCACACCGGCCGCCGGGCCAAAUUCCGUCCGAUCGGCGACCUCAACAACGACGGCGGCAGCGGCUUCUGGGACGGCAGCACGGCCCACUUUUAUCCCAGCCACAGAUCGUCGGCUCGGGGGUCUCGCCGCGCGUCCACCGGCGGCCAUCACCACCACCAGUCGCACCUGCAACAGUCGAGCCAGCUGUACAACGAUCAGGACACGAGGCCGAGGAUAUCCUCGACCCCGGACGGCACCUACAUACCCGGCACGGCGGCCGAGGAGGUGGCGAAGCUGCGUCGCCUCGAGAUGUCCUACGCCGAGGUACUUCGGAUGCCCAACAAAGCCCGGCGCAGUUCCAGUCGACAACGAAAAAGUCACCACUACCACAAUCACAUUCACUGAAAAGCGCCCCACGUCUGAUGGAGUCGCAUAUAAAAUUGUGCCGCCCUAUCGUUUUUAAUAUCAGUUUGUUUCAUGUAUGUGUUUUUGUGUAUUGUUGAGUUUUUUUUUUUUUUUACAAACACGAACUACUACUGCGACUUUUUAUCUUGUGAACUAGAUUUACUUCAUCUAUUCAAUUAUAAAUAAGUAUUAAAAUUGGCUUUAUUGUUUGGCGUAGCCAUGCUCCGACAAUACUUUACUCAUUUAGUUUAAUAAAAUUUAUUGCGUAACCAAUAUAACACAA